AUGCAGGAUUAUAAGAAAUAUAAAGCUAUGAGGGUUGUAAGUAGUGGAGAAUUUUAUAUGGGUAUCAACGAUCCUAAAUCUCAAACUGGAGAACAUCCACUCAGAAAAAUCAAAUAUAAAAGUUUUUACAUUGAUUCUUACCCAGUUACUAAUGCUGAAUAUUGGGAAUUUAGACGUAUGAAAUGGAGAUACAGAGCAACAAGUGAGAAGAAAGGAUGGAGUUGGGUUUUAAGUAGUUUUGUACCAGAUGAUGUUAAAGAAAAGUUUGCGUCACCUGUAUCUGACGUUACUAAUUAUUUACCUCUUCAGCCUUUUGGUCCCGGCAGUGAUUUACACGAGAAAUGGAACCACCCUGUGACUCAUGUUAGCUAUGAUGAUGCCAGGAUUUAUUGUAACUAUAGAGGACACCGUCUACCAACAGAAAUAGAAUGGGAAGCUGCUGCUAGAGGAACUGGAGUAGCUGAAGAUUAUCCAUGGGGCAAUAUGUGGGAAAAGUUCCGUAUGAAUGAAUGGCAGGGUGGAUUUCCUGAGGGUAAUUUAAAAUUAGAUGGUUAUGAAAGUACAUCACCAGUAGAUGCCUAUUAUCCACAGAACCAUAAUUAUAUGUAUGAUUUUCUUGGUAAUGUAUGGGAAUGGACAGGAACACAAUAUUACGAAAGAAUGAUACCAGAUGACCUUCAGCCCCAGAUGCUUGUGUUAAAAGGGGGAUCGUAUAUUGACAGUAGAGAUGGCAGUGUUAACAUGAAAAUAAGAACAAGUCAAAGAAAAGGUGAAGAACCUGAUCAUACUGCAGGUAAUGUUGGCUUUCGAUGUGCUAUGAAUGCUCACCAUUUUGAUAUUGGUGAUGCUCAACAACAACGUAAAUCAGAACCCAAAGAACCAGCUAAACCUAAAGUUUAUCGCACCCCUAAAGCUAAGCCCAAGGAAAAAGAAGCAGAAAAGAACGAAGAUGGAAAGAAUUUUGGACCACCACAAAUGGGAGUUCAUCCAAAAAAUCCUCAUCAGGAAUUAUGA